AUGAUUAGGAAGGGCAGCGAUGCGUUCCUAGUGGUUAUCACGACUACUAAAGAACCGGAGAGUAGAUUGGAAGAUAUACCUGUUGCUCGGGAAUUUUCAGAUGUAUUUUCGGAUGAUUUACCGGGAAUACCUCCAAGCAGGAAAGUGGAUUUCAGCAUUGAUGUGCUACCGGGCACAGAGCCGAUCACUAAGACUCCAUACCGGAUGGCACCGACAGAGAUGGCUGAGCUGAAGAAGCAACUGAACGAGUUAGUGGAGAACGGGUUUAUACGCCCAAGCGUUUCACCGUGGGGAGCACCGGUACUCUUUGUGAAAAAGAAGGACGGGACUAUGCGUUAUUACAGAAGAUUUGUGGAGGAUUUUGCCAAGAUAGCCCGACCUAUGACGAAGCUGACAGGGAAGAAUGUCAAGUUUGAGUGGAUUGCUGAAUGUGAUGCUAGUUUCCGAGAAUUGAAGCAAUGUUUGACCUCAACACCUAUUCUAGCAGACCAGGCGAGGGACAUGAUCGCCUACGCAUCGAGGCAACUGAAGAAAUAUGAGGAGAACUACCCAACGCACGGUAUGGAACUAGCAGCGGUAAUUCAUGCACUAAAAAUUUGGAGGUCGUAUCUGUAUGGUGAGAAGAUUAAGCUCAACACGGAUCAUAAGAGCUUGACCUACGUGAUAUCCCAGAAGGAUCUAAACCUAAGAAAACGACGAUGGUUAGAGUUGAUCGCAGACUACGACCUGGAGAUAGCAUACCUCUCGAGGAGGAGAGACUUUACAGUAGAGGUGGGCGAUCUUGUAUUUCUCCGAGUGCAUGCGAUUAGAGGGCAUACACGGUUUGGGAAGACAAGGAAGCUCAAGUCGCGCUACGUUGGACCAUAUCCUGUGAUUGCGAAGGUUGGAGUCGUAGCAUAUCGAUUGGAGUUACCCCCAGAACUCGGCCACAUUCACGAUGUAUUCCACGUAUCCAUGUUACGGAAGUACAUCGCGGAUCCUUCGCAUGUAUUACGACCACAAGAGAUUGAGUUAACCAGUGAUGUCAGAAUCCUCGAUCAACCACUUCAGAUUGCGGAACAAGAAGAUUCCUUUGGUCAAAGUCGUCUGGAGAAGCCAGGGAGUCUCGGACAUGACAUGGGAGCCAGAGCAGGAGAUACGCGACCAUUACCCACAUCUUUUUGGUACGUGUGA